GCCCUGAAAUUCUAUUCAGCAGUUUGAAAUCAAUCCACAGCUUUUCUCAUUCACCCGCCCACUUGGGGCUAAUGCAAGCCAUGACCAUCUACUGAGGAAAGCCACAAAAAACUUCAAAACAGCUACAACGGCAAGAACAAGGUGCUGCAAAAGUCACAAAACCAUGUUAUUCUUAAUUUUCAACCAUUGAUUUUUGACAAACUGGUAUCUACAAUGCAGCACCAGCAACUAUGAGUGAUUCUGUCUGAAGUUACUUAUGAAAAAGUGUAAAAUGUGCACCACCAGAUAAAAUCCAGCGGGUAAAAGAGAGUAUUGUCCCACAGUCAGCAGGCCACUAGCUUAUUAACUUCCAGUCACUUUCAUUUUUGCUAAAAUGAAGACUCUGAAAUCUACACUUCUCCUGUUCCUGUUUGUGCCUCUGAUAAAGCCAGCACCACCAUCUCAGCAGGAUUCACGCAUUAUCUAUGAUUAUGGAACAGACAAUUUUGAAGAAAGCUUAUUUAGCCGAGAUUAUGAGGAUAAAUCCCUGGAUGGAAAAAGUAUUAAGGAAAAAGAAACUAUGAUAAUAAUAUCCGAUGAGAAAGGUUUUCAAUUACAAAAAGAUGAGAGUAUAAAACCAUUAUCCCCCAAGAAAGAAAAUGAUGAAAUGCCCACAUGCCUGCUAUGUGUUUGUUUAAGUGGCUCUGUAUACUGUGAAGAAGUUGACAUUGAUGCUGUACCACCCUUGCCAAAGGAAUCAGCCUAUCUUUAUGCACGAUUCAACAAAAUUAAAAAGUUGACUGCCAAAGAUUUUGCAGACAUACCUAACUUAAGGCGACUUGAUUUUACGGGAAAUUUGAUUGAAGAUAUAGAAGACGGUACUUUUUCAAAACUUUCACUGUUAGAAGAACUUACACUAGCUGAAAAUCAACUACUGAAACUUCCAGUUCUCCCUCCCAAGCUUACUUUAUUUAAUGCAAAAUACAACAAAAUCAAGAGUAGAGGAAUCAAAGCAAAUACUUUCAAAAAAUUGAAUAACCUCUCCUUCCUCUACUUGGACCACAAUGCCCUGGAAUCUGUGCCUCUUAAUUUACCAGAAAGUCUGCGUGUAAUUCAUCUUCAGUUUAACAACAUAACUUCAAUUACAGAUGAUACAUUCUGCAAGGCUAAUGACACCAGUUAUAUUCGGGACCGCAUUGAAGAGAUACGCUUGGAGGGCAAUCCCAUCAUCCUGGGAAAACAUCCCAACAGUUUUAUCUGCUUAAAAAGAUUGCCUGUAGGGUCAUACAUUUAACCACUAUCAAUGCAGCACAUAAGCUAAAGUACACACAUACUUAUAAUCUGUCUCAACAAUGUCUAAAGGAGCUUAAGUAUUUAAUAUUAAUUUUGUAUCCUACUAUGAAGGAACUUAUGUUUUAAGCAAGGAUGUUCAAAAAACCUUACAUAUAACAACGAGCAAAAAGUAAGAGUGAAUCUUUAAGUUCAAAACAAAGUAAUGUGAAAAUAUUUGAACAGCAUUACAAAAUCCCUGCAGUUUAUACUGGAGUACCAUUUAAAAGGUAUGUUUUUAUAUAAAUACCCAAAUUUAAGAUGUAUUACGAAGUGAAAGGAUAAGUCCAAGAAACUUUCAACUGUUUGUCUUUCCUGGCUUCUACCGGAUCCCUAAAGCAUUUAAGGCAUAUGUUCCAAACACUUUGAAAAGCUAAAUAUUUCCAGGGACCUCUCACUUUUCUUUUAUCAUUCAUACAUUAUUCAUUAUGAAGUAGGAACUCUGUUUUCUUUCUAUUAAGGCAGCUACUAUAUUUUUACUUAGCCUCAGAAAUAGGAAUAUAGUCUCAUACCUAGGCAAAACUUUCCAAAUAAAGCAUAAUUUUACUCUCUGAUAAAGAGCUAAUAUAGUAAUGUUCAGUUAUUCUGCUUUGUGAUCACACAAUUAAAGGCUUUAGUAAAAUAGUACAAAAUUUUCUUUAAUCUAAAUAUUAACAUUCUAAGUCCACCAUAAAACAUUUUAGGAAGCCAAGCACAUCAAAAUCAGUAUGCUUAUAAAAAAACCUGAAAGUCCAUCCUGUUUCUCAGAACAUAGCCAUAAAAUUCUCCACUGUAAAGGCUUUCAAUUAUGAUAUAUACUGCAAAAUAUUUUCUUUUUAUACUAUAGGAAUGAGAAUCUCAUCAAUAAAUUUAUCCAAAU